CGCAUCCAUUUUUCUGUUUAUUUUGCCGGCAAAUUUUCUUUAACGUCACAUCAUUUAAUAAUAAAUAAAAUGCCUAAACAAUCAUUAGGAGGAAAUUCGAUCGGAAAUCUUUGCAAUCGACCAAAUUCGAUAAAUGUUGGUGGAAAUCGUAGAUCGUUGAUAGGCGCUAGCGGCGGCUUUAAUAAAUCUAUAUCGGGUGUGGGCUUCGGAAGUCGUUUUAGUAUUUCGGGUCGUUCCAAUCAAUCUAUUUUGGUACGCUCCGAUUUCAAUUUGGUGGAGAGUUACGGUCUCCAAUUGCCAGUUUUAGUUAAUGAAGCAUUAACCUUUGGCGAAAAGUCGCAACAUGUGUCAGUUAACUGCGCUGAAAACGGUUGGGCUUGGGUCGUGCAUGGCCGCCAUUUGUUGGUUUGGCAAUACAAGGAUGUACGUAAUGAAGGAACAGGCACACCGAAAGGUAGUAAAGAGGUAUCGUUAUGUACACCGCAAAAGCGAGGUGGGACUAUGAUUCAGUGUCGUGAACUCACUCUGCCACACUGCGAUAUUGGUCAUAAGGCUUCGUUGGUAAGUGUAUUCUUAAGCGAUCAACAACAGAUGGCAUCAUGUGUAGCUGUCUCUCCUACGGGUGAUGUACGUUAUUGGCCUUCUAUAGCUCAUGAUGGAAGUUCCGUGGACUUAACUAAUAUUUUAGAUGGACAAGAGUUUGAUUACCUUUUGUCUUUGCCUCAAAAACAAAUGCAUUUAAGUUAUUUGUUAGUUACGACGACUUGCAAUUUAAUUUUACUACAACUUCAAUGGCAAAAAGGUCGUCAUGUGUUACAAUAUAGAAGUGUACGGCAGCCAUCUGGAUUUUUGAGCGGUAUUGGCAAAAAGUUUGCUUCUAUUAUAAUUGGCAUGAACAGUGGAACCGAUAAGGAAAAUAAAUUUGUGGCUGUUGCUUGCGAGCCAACAUCAGAAAAUGAACGAGAAGCUAUCGUCUCAGUUCUGGCUGAUCGCUGGAUGCAACGUUGGCGUUUAAGCUAUAACGGAGUUAAUGAGCAAUUGCUUUUCGAAGAUGGUGAUAUUGUACGCAAAAUACGCGAUGAGUUCCAGAAAAAAUUCUGGAAUAUCCGAGAUAGUGUAGAUGUAUCUUUACAUUUAUUGGAUAUGCAUAUUCACGAUAAUAAGUGGUAUGUCUUGGCUGGUGCCGUAAAUUCUGCGCACACCCCGCAAAUAUACUAUGCUAUAGCAACUCUUUCCAUUCUUAAUGACUUUAUGGGAUUGCAAGCGUUCAUCCCUUUGAAAUUUUCGAAUUUCUAUAGUGAAAGUACGGAAAAAGAGUGUUUGUCACCACGUUUUAUCAUCAGUCCUACUCACAUUUACAUAUACAACGAGAAGAUUGUUUAUCCCAUAACCUUAGCCAAUAUACAAAUGGGUGAAAACGAUGCUGAAAAAAUUGAAUUUCAUUUGCAAGAUGAUCGUAUAUUAUAUGCCGCGGUAUAUGCACACAUUCCUCUGUUCUUUAGUCGCAGACAUGGCUUGGUUUCAAUAACACCGGGUGAUUUUGAUAAUAGCGAAUUACCUAAUAACACUUGGACUACAUCUGAAGUCUUCUCACCCGCUGCAGAAGCUAAUUUAAAAGAACAGACCAUAACUUCCGCCACCUCAAUGUCUAACAUAGAUGAAAAUAAUUUAUAUAUGUAUGAGUUGGAUCCAGACUCUAUAUAUUCUGAAUUUAAAGAUGAUGUUAGCCAACUGAAAGCAGCUUUUAUUUAUCGUUUAAAAAAAAAAAAUGAUAUGUGUAAUAGUAUCUUAAAUGAUUUACUGAAAAAUGUAGCCGAACCACAAACCGGUGGGGCAUUAAGUGACGCUAAUCAAUUGGAUAAAAUGGUCAUAACUAUAGCCGAGGACUUAGCGGAAGAUAUACCGGCCGCUGAUCCACGCUGGGAACAUUUAUGGGAGGAUGUCAAUAAUUCUUUAGGCAGUUCUUCUUCCAUGCAAAUACUUACACAAUUAAAAGAGAAAAACCUAGCUUUAAGACAUUUUGUGGAAUUUCUUCAUGGGACUGGCUUAUGGGAUAAACUGACGGCAAUUACUUGUGCUGGUGGUAACCUCUUUAAACCCACGUGCUAUGUUUUGUCGGAUAUUAAUGAGAAAAUCAUAGCUGCGACUGCAUUACGCAGCAUCCAAAAUAAAUACAAAAAGAUUAUUGACGAGGCGAUUAAUUUACUUAUUCAAGAGUGGGAAGAAAGCCGCCCGGGCAGACUUACAGCACAGGAUUUUUUCUAUGUGCGUAUUUGCAAGUUCCAAGAAAUAUUCCGAGCCUUUUAUGACUUAGCCAAUCGGCAUAUUGAGGCUCAACAUCAGUCGCUGUCUUUGGCCAGUUUUAUUUCUGAUAUCGAUUACAUAGUUUUGUAUAUUAUUUCGGAAGUAAUGAAAUUUCGUGAACAAAAUUCGACUAUUUAUUCUUUGCCGGCCGAUAAAAAGUACUCUUAUGAAUAUUUGCCAUGGACAGCUAUGUCUGGUACUACUGGUCUACGCGAUGCUUUGUCUCAUUUGAUUGAUAUCUCAUUAAAAUAUGGUGCCCGUAGCACUAGCGAUCCCGAACUGAAACAAAAAAUAUAUCAACAGAUUUUGGAACUGAUUGACGUCGUAUUAGAUGGUCGUAAACAUUAUUUGGAUAGUGUGCGCGAUACUGAAAAAUAUAAUGUCUUGUUACAGCAGUUCGAAUCACAGCGCCGCGAAUUAAUUUCUGUAAUGAUCGAUGAUAAGCAAUACGAAUUCGCUGCUAAAUUGGCAGAAAAAUAUUUGGAUUUUCAAAGUUUGGUAAUAAUAUGCGAUGUGACCGAUAAUCAAGAACGUUUAGAUGGUUACAUAAAAAAAUAUGAAGACCAUGAUUUUUCGCAAUUUGCAAUCAAUUGGCAUUUAAGACAGAAUCGUCAAGGUGAAGUAUUUGAACGCUUUAAAGGUAAUCAAGCUGCACUAUCACAAUUUAUGCGUGAUCAUCCAACGCUUGGUUGGAUACAAUUAGUUUUCAACGGUGAUUUUGAAAGAGCCUCAAAAAUACUAUUUCAACUUGCACAAAGUGAGGUCGAGUUUUUGCAAAGGAAGAAGUCGAUGCUAUCUUUGGCUAAAUUAGCGGCUUUUGCAGCUGCCGACUCGGAUUUGUCAUUGCAACUGGAGACGAUUAAUGCCGAGCUGAAUAUUGUGGAAUAUCAGGAACAGUUAAAUGCGGACGUAUUGGAAGCUUUCGGUUAUGAUAUAGAGCAGCAGAAAGUUUUAACAAUCGAAGAAAUUAUUAAUCUUUUAGUAGCCGAAGAACACAAAAACGCUAAUGAGCUUGAUUUUCGCAAAGCCUUGGAAUUGCUUAAUUAUUUAGAUGAUCCAUUCGAGGCUCGUCACAAAGUGUGGUGCGCUGCUAUAUUACGCAAUAAUUGGACUGAAUAUGAUGUCGACAAUGCCCUCGAUUAUAUACAGACACUUUUAUUUUUCAAAUUAAUUGAAUUGUGUCAUCUGAUAGACGGUGAUUGCGAAAGUUUUCUACCUUUAAUGGAUGAAUUUCUUAACAGUACUGAUUUGGGUGAUUUGAAUGAUUUUCAUAAUUGCAUUAGUGAUUGUUUUUACGCUAACUAAUAAUUAUUCUCCAAAUAAUAUGAUGUUGAUGACGACAAGUGGAACGAAUGAAAACAUGAACGAUUCGAAAAAAUUAUCUCAAAAUAUU